AAUGCAGCUGUGCCAUGCAUGACGUACAAAUUUCACGGGCUAGUGAGCCAUGAAAUAUGGCGUCUUCCGGGCGCUUCUAGAGCAAACUGUAAGUAGUGAGGCAUGUGUUCUAAAAAAAAUGGUGGUAAAAAAACAUAAACAUUAGAUUGCAUACCAUCAGGCGCCUAAAGCAUCCAACGAAGUUGUGUCCCUGGCACCUACUUUUCCCAUUCGUUGUUCUGCAGAAAAGCACGCUCAUCACGCUAAAGUUGUUCUUAAUUGCUAAUCUAGCUUCUUUUUCGCGAUAACUGUACAUUCACACUAACGCGGGGAAAUACCUGCACGCUUAUUUUUUUUGCACAACGCAGGCAUCAUUCGCGAUUCAUCAAUUAGCGAAUUUUGGCCCACAUCCGCGUGUUUAGGAGCAUUGCGUUGGUUUGCUUCUAAAUAGCAGUGGAAUUUGUCACAAACGUGUCCGUUAGAAUCGCACCGCUAAUUUUAAACAAAUCUAGAACUCAAGGACAACAUACGAUCAAAAUUCGUAUAAAAAUGCCUGCAUACCGUCAUCAGAAGCAUCAGUCCCCGGCAAGUGUCCAUCCGUUCUAAAGGUUCCAACAACGACAGUGUGAUAAUGAGCCAAACAAUGGUUUGCUUCGCUGUUCUGCUUAUCGCUAGCUUUGUAGCAAGUUCGAACGGCUACCAAAUAUUUGGCAAAAAUGCUGACUCGUACGUCGAUAAUCAACCGUUUGAAAACCAAUUUAAGUAUGGCUAUCAAGUGCGGGUCGAAAACGAUCAGUUCCAGCACAAGUACAAGAGUCCGCAAAACGUGACCUUUGGAUGCUACGGCUAUACGCAGCAGGACGUUGGUGGCGAACACCGAAUUUACUACGUUUCCGAUCAGUUUGGCUACCGUACGGUUGAAGUUGGACAGACCGUCACCAUCUUUCCGCAGCCCGGCAAGAGUCCGGUUCAGCAACAAUGGCAGGAGCUCCCAUUCCCAGCAGGUUGUUUCAAAGAAACCACUGGUGGUGAUCCGAUAGGCGAGGGAAAUGACCCCAUUCCCGAGAUUGUACCGGUUCCACCAACUGGUCGAUGCGUGCAUCCUUUCGGAAGUGAUGGAAAAUCGUUCAUCAAAAACAUUAUGUGCGAAUCAGUUGAGAAGUCAGAAAGUGGAGUGGUUACGCUGUUCUAUCCGUUCCAUAUUGCCUGUACCGAGAUGGAAAAGUUUGAGAUCCAGCUAAAUCAGCUCGUUGCGAAAUUUAACAAACCAGUGUUACAAUUUUAGGCGCAUUGCAAGGAUGAUUAUCGACAAUCGAUAUUGAAACACACUACUUCUGUACAUAUUUGUAGCUUCUGGUAUAGUGUAGCUAGCAGGAUUAUACAUCAGAAAUUAACGAAGAUCUCGUCCAAUCUUCACACGAGAUCCAACCAUCACUGCCUUACAGUACGAUUGCUUCGUUUUCGUUUGAUCAACAGAAAUAAAAGCUUGUAUAAAGUACCUUCAAACUGUCUGCCUCUUCUUGCCUCGUUUACUAUCUCAAAUCAACCCGUCUUUCGAUAAACGCUUCAGCCAACAAAGAAACUGAGACUGCAAUGCAACAGUUAAAUUGCAAAGUCAACACCCCAACGCAAACGCAAACCGACGUGAUUCUUCGGCCAGCUCGACCUUCAGCAGCAGCUGUGGUGUUUGCCCAUAGCCCGUCAAAACAUUUACCAGAUCUUCAGAUCCGGUUCGGAAAUUAGACCAAUCCGACCAACCGGCGCAAGAACUGUGCCGAACACGGCCGAAGAAAAGCCUCCAGAGAUCCCUCACUCCCCC